CAGUCUCAUCUCAUCUGAUGGGAAACUGGAAACUACAUUGCAAGUUGUGGGUAUCUGUGGUAACCCACCAAUCCAAAAAGUAGUUGAUGCCAUUCAAAACUUGCUCCUCCUCUCUUUUGUCCUAAUCUCAUAUCUAGGGUUUCCUGAUCAAACAACAAACCAUGGAUACCGAAUUUCAAGAUUGGGAGUUGCUCCACCCCAACUCAGCUUCAGAUUCCGUUCUCCCCGUUAACUUACCCCAAAACCAGGAGGAUACUUUCGUCGAAGAAACCAAGGGUCUUAUUCAACCCAAUUAUUUCUCCAUAGAUUCUCACAGUACUCCUACUUUUGCUGCUUUUAACGGUUCUGAGGAAUCGGAUAAUCCGACCUGGAUUGACUCUGGUAGUGAAAGGUCUGAGGAUCGGCAAUUUGGGGAAUUUGACGGGAAAAAUGAUGUGGGUGUGUUUGAAAACUCGAAAUUACAAGUGGGUUCUGGAGGAAUUGGAGAUAUAAGUAGUGAAAAUGGGAAAAAUCUUGAGGUGGGUGUUGUGGAAGACUCGAAAUUGGAAGUGGCUUUAGGAGGAAUCGAAGAUAUAAGUAGUGAAAAUGGGAAAAAUCUUGAGGUGGCUGUUGUGGGAAACUCGAAAUUGGAAGUGGGUUUUGGAGGAAUCGAAGAUAUAAGUAGUGAAAAUGGGGAAAAUGAAGAUAUACGUAGUGAAAAUGAGAAAAAUCUUGGGGAAUUUUGGUCUGAUACUGGUGGAGAUGGAAUUGGUGAUGUGAAAUUUGGGGAUGUUGAAGAGAGGUCAGAGGCUUGUGUAGAACAAAAGGACGAAAAUGAGAGGGUUGAAAGUCAAAAGAGGGAUGAAAUUGAAGCUAGUAAAGGAGGAGAAGAGAAGAGGAGUUUGGUGUGGUGGAAGGUGCCAUUGGAGCUUCUCAAGUAUUGUGUGUUCAGGGUUAGGCCUAUGUGGGCCUUCUCCGUAGCUGCUGCUGUUAUGGGGUUUGUGAUAUUAGGUCGUAGACUGUACAAGAUGAAGAAGAAGACUAAGAGUUUGGAGCUCAAAGUUACUGUCGAUGAUAAGAAGGUAUCUCAAUUCAUGAGCCGUGCUGCACGCCUUAAUGAAGCAUUUUCUGUUGUGAAGCGGGUUCCUGUGAUUCGGCCGCAGCUGCCAGCACCUGGAGUUUCACCAUGGCCUGUUGUGAGUUUGCAUAGGGUGUAAUCAUUGUAAAAAAAAAAUGAAGUUUAUGUAUAUUGGAAGAAGCAUUGGUGUCGUCACCAAGUCCCAUUUGAUAUAUGGCUGUGUUUUUGCUUGGCUAAUUUGUGUUUAAACUUUCUUUCUAUCUGUGCUCAAUAUACUCCUGAACAGACUGAUGUACGAUUUUAAAGCUAUGUAUGUAUAAACUCUCUUAUCUUUUGCCCAUA